AUGGAGAGCGACGAGGCGGAGCUGGCGAGGAUGGGCUACAAGCAGGAGUUGCACCGCGACUUGACGCUUUUGCAGAACUUUGGUGUCAGCUUUUCGAUUAUAUCCGUCAUCACCGGGAUACCCUCGCUCUUCUUAUAUGGUCUGACUACGGGGGGCCCGGCGGUCAUGGUGUGGGGAUGGGUCGCUGUCGCGUUCUUCACGAUGUGCGUCGGGAUGGCCAUGGCUGAGGUGUGCAGCGCCCAUCCUACCAGCGGAGGUCCGUAUUUCUGGGCGGCCAUGCUGUCCCCGCCCGAACGCGCCGCUUUUGCCUCCUGGGUGACCGGCUGGUUCAACUUGCUCGGACAAGUGGCCGUCACCACCGGUAUCAGCUACGCCUGCGCCAACUUCAUCUCGACCGCUGCGAGCCUCGGCACGAGCUUCGAGCCCAACUCGCACACCGUGAUCGGGGUCUACGCCGCAGUCCUCAUCGCACAAGGCCUUAUCAACACCUUCGGCGUGCACCUCCUCAAGUACCUCAACAACAUCUCCGUCUGGUGGCACGCCAUCGGCACGACCGCGCUCGUAAUCGCCAUCCUCGCCGCCGCGCCUAAACACCAGUCGGCCAAGUUCGUGUUCACGCAGUUUAUCGACGGGACGGGCGUCGACGGCGUUGGGUGGGGCACGCGCGCGAGCCAUGCGUAUGUCGUGGUGAUCGGGAUUUUGAUGGCGCAGUAUACUUUGACCGGGUUCGAUGCUAGUGCUCACAUGACCGAGGAAACGCAUAACGCGGCUAUGUCCGGAUCGCUGGGAAUCAUCAUGGCCAUCGGCGUCUCGGCCGUACUCGGGUGGUUCCUCAUCCUCGGCCUGCUGUUCUCCAUGCAGGACUACGACGCCACUGUCGCGUCCGCGACCGGUCAGCCCGUCACGCAGAUCUUCCUCGACACCGUCGGCGAGAAGGGCGCAAUCGUGUUGAUGGUCAUCGUCAUAGGCGCCAUGUUCUUUUGCGGGACGUUCUCGAUCACCUCGAAUUCGCGGAUGAUGUACGCCUUCUCCCGAGACGGCGCUAUACCCGGUCACAAGUUCUUGGCGAAGGUUUCCGCCAGGACGCGGACGCCGAUCCGAACAGUUUGGCUCGCUUGCACGCUGAGCUUCAUCCUCGGCCUCCCCAGUUUGGGCAGCGCCGUCGCGUUCUCCGCCGCCACGUCGAUAGCCACCAUCGGCCUCUACAUCUCCUACGCGAUCCCGAUCGCGCUCCGGGUCAUCUACCGCAAACACUUUGUGCGCGGGCCCUUCCACCUCGGCGCGUUCUCCUACCCCGUCGCGCUCAUCUCCGUCACCUGGAUCGCGUUCAUCGCCAUCGCGUUCAUCCUCCCCGCCGAGAACCCGGUCUCGUCCCAGACGCUCAACUACUCGAUCGUCGCGGUCGGGAUCGUGAUCACGUACAGCAUGGGAUUCUGGCUGCUCAGCGCGCGCAAGUGGUUCAUCGGCCCGGUGAAGCAGAUCGAGGGCGAGGCGAAGGGGAUCGACGUCGUCGACCAGGGCGUGAUGGAGAGCGAGAAGGAGCGGGAGAUGAAGAAUCAGUGA